AUGGAUCGCAUCAAGGAGAAAAUGAACCAGCUUCGCCUGGAGGCUGAUGAGGCCGUUGGCAAGGUCGAAGAGCUCCAGGCAAAGGUCAAGACACUAGAGCAAGAGAAUUUGUCCAAGGAGCAGGACAUCACCUCGCUUCAGCACAAGAAUAACCUUCUUGAGACUGAGGUAGAGAAGCUCGAGACUGCUAUCAAGGACUUCAAGAAGGCUGCCGACGAAGGUCAACAACACGGAACCCAGAACGAGACCCUGCAGAGACGACUCCAGCUCCUGGAAGAAGAAGCCGAGAAUGCCGAUAAGACGCUGCGAGACGCCAACGAAAAGCUCCGCCAGACCGACGUCAAGGCCGGCCACUUUGAGCGCAAAGUGCAAGCCCUCGAGAACGAGCGUGAUCAGUGGGAGCAGAAGUACGAGGAGAUGGCCAAGAAGCACACCAGCCUGCAGAAGGAGCUGGAGGAGCUCCAGGUCGAGAUUGGCAACAUCUAA